CAACAUGCUCUAACUAAUGCUGCUGCUGCUGCUGCUGCUCCUUACCCAGCCGCCCCAGUCUGCUCUGCUCCAUUCUGUUCUACUCUAACCUAACCGAUCCUGAUUGCCUGACCUGCCCUGACCUGACCCGCUCGUUUGCCGUGGGUAAAGUAGCUCAAGAGCUACCCCGUCUCGUCGCCCAUUCCUCCCACUCCACUCCGCCCUCCAUCCGCCCAUCUUGACUUACCUACCAGUGCCGCUCCCCUUUGCUUUGCACUGCACGCCGCUCGUCGUUUCCGCUCUCCCACCCCGUCUUCCUCCCUCGUCGCCCUCACGCAUGCGCCGCUAGAAUCCGUGUGGUAUGGGGCGCAACGCGCGGAAACGCAUCUCGUAUGUGCUGCCGCUUGCGAAUUCAGCACAAGGCCAUAGGCUGGGCGUCAAUGGCUUAGCCGUCGACCCAGCCAAUUCCAUCCUAUAUUCCGGCGGCCGAGACGGCGUCAUAUGCGCCUGGGACCUGAAUCUCGACCUCUCCCAUCCCGAUUCCGACGAGCAAGACCCUUUCGCCGAUUCCAAUGCCACCGACUCGAAGCCUCCUCCCACCCAGUUUCGCCAGCAGGUCCAGGCCCACACCCACUGGAUUAAUGACAUCGCCCUCGCCCAGAACAAUGAAGCUCUCGUCUCCGCAUCCUCCGACAUAACAGUCAAGGUAUGGCGACCCGCCGCUACAGACCUUCUGCCUCCACAGACCAUUGGCUUGCAUACCGACUAUGUCAAGCGCGUAGCCUCUCCCGGUCCAUAUGAGAAUUGGGUGGCCUCGGGGGGUUUGGAUCACAAAAUCAGCCUUUGGGAUUUGAACGGCGCUGGCCAGAAGCUGCAGAUAGCUGUGGGCGAGGAUGAAACCACCGCCAAAGGAUCCGUCUAUGCCCUUGCUGCGAGCCCAUCCAUCAUAGCGAGUGGUGGCCCCGAGAGCAUCGUGCGUAUAUGGGACUCGAGAUCGGGGAAACGCAUCACCAAGUUCGUUGGCCACACGGAUAAUGUUCGCGAUGUUCUUAUUACCCAGGACGGAGAUACCAUUUUGACUGCGUCGUCCGAUCAGACAGUCAAGGUGUGGUCCAUGACGGCGGGAAGAUGCAUGUACACCCUUACUAUGCACAACGACAGUGUGUGGUCGCUAUACUCGGAUGACCCAAAUCUGUCUGUGUUUUACUCGGCCGACCGCUCGGGUGUAGUAGCAAAGAGCGACGUACGCAACUGUACCGAAUGGGACGAGGGAGUCUCCGUGGCGGUUUGUCAGGAGCACGAAGGCGUGAACAAAGUGAUAGCAGCAGGCGACUACCUAUGGACAGCCACUUCCAGCUCUAGCAUCAACAGAUGGAAUAGUGUCGACACCACAAAUGAAGUGGCGCUGCCUGAAUCAUACAAGUGGCACAGGUCGAGCGUCGCAACCGUACGCUCACGCCACCCUUCAUCACCCACGGCGGUCUCGCCCCCAGUCAAUGGGACUGCGCCCAAGAUACCGUUCAAGGCUUUGUUGCGGAUGUCAAACACUGCCCCGUACCCCCAGCUCUCCAGCGCCAAAGAUACCGAUGCUGCCACCCUAUACUCGGUCACUAGUACAAGAAAACCUUCCGAUGUGCUUGCCCAGUCAGAACAUGGUGCGAUUGUUCCAUGUAGAGACCUUCCUGAUUUCUCCAUCGAAGGCCAGAAUGGUCUCAUCAAACAUCAUCUGCUCAAUGACCGAAGAAGGGUACUUACGCUGGAUACUGCUGGAGAAGUCAUCCUAUGGGACCUGAUUGCAUGUGUGCCCAUCAAAUCAUUCGGCAAACGUCACCUCGAGGAUGUGGUACCUGAAAUUAACACAAGGGAAACCGUCGCUCAUUGGUGCACCGUGGAUACCAGAACGGGAAGUUUGACAUGCGUACUGGAGGAGAAUUAUUGUUUCGAUGCCGAAAUGUACGCCGACGAGUUGAACUUGGAGGAGAAUAUUGAGUUCCGUGAAGACCAACGAAUUAACCUGGGCAAAUGGAUUCUUCGGUAUCUAUUUUCGAAUCUGAUCGAUGAAGAGAUCAAGCGGGAUGCAUCUGUGCGGGAAACGCUGCUGAAGGAAAGAAGCGUCUCGGACCGGGCCAAUCCUCCCUCCAACAUUCAAAUACCAACAGCACAGAUGAACGGAUGGAAGGAUGCGGCAUCAGGCCCAGCGUCUAGCUCUACUAUCCGUGCUACCAAUGGCUUUCAUUUACCGCCCAUGACGCCCGGUCUUGCGAUAGGCCUUGCUACACCAGGUGCCGCUCCACCCAGCGCCGGCCAUGGACAACACCACAACGCCCUCACGCCUACUACUGAAGAAGGUGCGCAGCUCGAAAAGUCGCAAACACAACGCAGCUCAACCCAGGAUCCAAACGAUUACUUCUCUAGAACACCAAACAACAACGGCAAACCACAAGCUUCCAAUGAAGGACCGACUGAUUCUGCACCCGAAAAUGGACCGCAGUCGCCAGCAGAGGACACUCCAACGGACAAAAAGAAAGGAAAAAAUCUCUUUGGGAAAAAGUUCAACAUGAACUUCAACAUGAAGAAAUUCGCGCCUUCAACUGCAGCCACGGAAACCCCGAAGCCCGCCCCGACCGAUGAGAAAGCCGAUGAUAGCGACUCUCGCUCCAACAAGACAGACGAGAAGGUGUACGAAGACAACUUUUCCGGAACACUUUCCAAGAUACGGCAGCAUUACGAGGAGCAGCUGAUAGCAGGCGCGCAGAAACUAGAACCUCAAAUCACGCCCAGUUUACCAAACGAGACGCCUGUGCUAAAGCCACCUGCUUCGACCACAAUCAUCAUCCAGGAGGAUCGUCCAGACGCGGGAGGAGUUGCAGAUCUUUUUGAAGGCAAAGUGGGAUCGUUAGGCAAACAAGCUGAUCUCAUUGAAAAGUGUGCUCCUCUGUGGCUCGCUGAAGUUUUGCUCCGGAACCAAACACCCGCGAAGGAGAUUGUCAAAGUGUCCUUUGUUUUGGAACCAUACCAAAACCAGCUCCCUUCGAUAUCCCAGGACGGCAACAACCGCUUAAACGCGAACCGCAUGUUACGGGCCCGAAAAAUCCUAGGUUACGUCGCCGAAAGGAUCGAACCAGCCUUGACGAAAGAAGAGCAGGAAGAAAUGGAGAAGAAUGGGGAACGAGUCCUAAAGCACGAGGAAUACCUAGAACUUUAUUGCAACAAUCAACUCAUCUCCCCCACAAUGACAUUGGCCUCGAUCCGCGCCCACGUCUGGCGUGGCGGCGGCGACGUUCUCCUCUACUACAAGUCCAACGGCCGCAAAGACAUCAAACCUUUACCUUCGAGUGGAAUCGGUCUUGUUCCCGGCAGCACCUCUGGCGUGGUGUCCGAAAGCAAAUCGUCUUCGGAAGGAGAGAGGAAUAACUAGUCGAGUCAACCAGACUAACUAGCUAGGUUUCACAAAGGGAAAGUUUCGGUUGGGAGGCUGUUUAUAGCACAUGAAUCCGGACACAAAUACGACCGCGUUUGCAUUUUACUUCCUCUCUCCCUCUCCUCAAGGAAAAACAGGAGGAUAAUAGCUGCUUGUUGCGGGGAGUUUCGACUUUGACUCUUGUUUUUUCUUCGUUUUUAUUAGCGAGAGCGGGAGAGCCGGCGGAGAAGGAUAUGGAAUUUUCCUGUCUAUGUCCUUUUUUUUCUGUCGCUCGGGACUCGGGGCUUGAGACUUGAGACUCUGGCUUCUGCCAUACCUUCGGAUCCAAGCCGACUCGUCGUCGUCGUCAUCACCCUCGUCAGUCGUCGUCGCUCCUCUUCGUUUACAUUUGUAUAUACAAAACACCCCUUCUCCCUUCCUCUUCUUCUGACACUCUGA